GCAUGUUGAGUUUGAGUGACCAUGUGAUUUUUGUUUCUGUUUAGCAGGUUGCAAAGGGAAGGUGAUCCUUACCUUCUCUCUAGCACAGGGGAACUGCUGCCUCACAGAAUCACUGUCUCGGGUUUAAUCCUCGAUUGAAUGUUGAGUUUACAGAGAUUGCAUGCUCUGUCUGUGACUGUCACUUUACUCCAAAUACUUAGGAGUUGAUAUGCAAAGAAUACUUUUUAUCCCACGACACUUAUAGAAUGCCUGGCAGUAAUGUGCACUUUCAUUCAGUGUACGGCAGCAAAAAGGGGAAACAGAAGCUUGUUGUUGUCCUACCAACAGUCCCAUUUUAAACUGUUGCCGCUGUAUUGAAGACAGAUCCUUAAACAAAAUGAGUGACUUACAAGAAGAAGGUAAAAAUGCCAUCAAUGCUGCAUUGUCACCUACACCUGCAGACGUUCACCCAGAGGAUACCAUGCUAGAGGAAAAUGAAGAACGCACGAUGAUUGAGCCAUAUUCUAAGGAAGAAGCAAAGUUUAAAGAACUCGUAAAGGUUCUAAUUGACUGGAUUAAUGAUGUUCUUGUUGAAGAAAGAAUAAUAGUGAAGUCAUUGGAAGAAGAUCUUUAUGAUGGUCAGGUUCUGCAGAAAUUGCUAGAAAAACUUGCAGGUCGUAAACUGAAUGUUGCUGAAGUGACACAGUCUGAAAUAGGGCAGAAGCAGAAACUUCAGACAGUGCUGGAAUCUGUAAAUAAUCUACUUCGACCUCAAGGGUGGGCAAUCAAAUGGAGUGUUGAUUCAAUCCACACAAAAAACACAGUGGCCAUUCUUCACCUUCUUGUGGCUUUGGCCAUGCACUUUCGAGCCCCUGUUAGAUUACCAGAACAUGUCGCUGUGCAGUUAGUGGUUGUACGGAAGAGAGAAGGGAUACUUCACACAUCCCACAUUACAGAGGAGUUGACCAGCACUACAGAGAUGAUGAUGGGGAGGUUUGAACGGGAUGCAUUCGAUACACUGUUUGACCAUGCUCCUGAUAAACUCAGUGUUGUUAAGAAGUCGCUCAUCACCUUUGUGAAUAAACAUCUAAACAAACUCAACUUGGAAGUAACAGAACUGGAGACACAGUUUGCAGAUGGUGUGUACCUUGUGUUGCUUAUGGGACUUCUUGAAGAUUAUUUUGUUCCUCUGUACAAUUUUUAUCUGACACCAGAAAGUUUUGAGCAGAAGGUUCAUAACGUGUCAUUUUCCUUUGAGCUUAUGCAGGACGGAGGGCUUAAGAACCCAAAAGCUCGGCCAGAAGAUGUUGUAAAUUUGGAUCUGAAGUCAACAUUGAGAGUGCUUUACAACCUGUUCACAAAAUACAAAAACGUGGAGUGAUUGCCUGAAUAUCCAAGAUGAGUUCAACUGGAAAUAUCAGUAGUCAAUUGUCAACACUGACUCCAAUGUAUCUGUGCCUUACCUUAUAUUAGUAUAGGUUUCUUGUUUUGUUUUAAAAUCUAUGGUAAUGUUUUAUUUGUUCUUCAAUGAGCAGUGUUUUCUGUCUCUGGGUCCAUUUCCUCCUCUCAAACAGUUUCUUUAUUUAAUUAGAUGUUAUCAUUCUGGUUUUCUUAGAGGAGUUUCAAGCAUAAUGCUAUUGACUUUUUUCCUCUUUUCAUUGUAUGUUAUGUGGUUGGGCUCCACUGUCAUAAACGCUUCUUUAUGCGGUCCUUAAAAGGCCUGAGAGAAUUGAGAUUAAAAUGUAUAAUCUCUUUCUUUGUGACCUUCUGAGGUUUUAGCAAUCUUUCAGAACACAGACUUCCUUCAUAGUGUAAGAACAUUUCUUCAGCUAUUGAUUCUGAUUAUAAUUGGAGAAUUAUAUAAGCAGUGAUUGACAAAGGUUGGGUAUACCUAAUAUUUAAUGUAAGAGUAGUGCUCUGGGCCAAAGUCAAAGUAAACCGUGAAUGAAGUUACCACUUUUACUACAAUGCCUUACUUUCAUGAAAAUGUUCUAAAAUUUUUUCCCCUUUAUUCUGCUUGCCUAUUAUCCACCCUUGAUCAAUUGGAGAUAAGUGAGAACAGUGGGCAAGAGCAUUGUUCUGGCACCUUGGCAUUUUGCUUUGUUCUCUUAUUGAGGCCUUUCAGAUGAAACAGUGAGCAGACAUCCUUUCAAGUCUGAACAUUGUGAUAAAAGGCUCCAUCUCCAGAGUCAAAUAUCUCUUUACAGCACUUCAGAUGAGAUUUAGAACUUGAAGAAGCAGCCAGUGGGACCUCAGCAUUACUGUAAGCAGGGAUACCUCAUCACAGCACCAUAUAGUUAAUUCAUUAUUAAUGUAAUCAGUGAAUAAUAUAUAAUUGUUGGCAGUGAUAGAUCAUAAUUUACAGUUGUGCCACCUACCCAUUAAUUUUAAGAAUAUGUUCACAGUCAGUAAGAAGGUUGAGAAAAAUAAACAAGUAUCAUUGAAGAGUAGCUGAUCGCGGAUCCAAAAAUAAUUGUCACAAUUCAAUGAAAGGACAAACAAUUAUUGUUAAAAUUUUUACCCAAACACAUUUACUUUCUCUUCAAGUAUUUGGCCUUCAUGCUCUCUCUUGAGCCUAAGAAUGCCUCAUGUUGCUGCUGCAGUUUCCAAAUUAUGCAAAUCAUGAUUUAAUAAACAAGAUGUGAUUUGAGAAUAGUGAUUAAAUAUAUACUCAAAACUAAAUGUAAAAAGAACUCAAUCAUUUCAUUGCAUCAAUGUAUUCCAUUACAAAAUUUUAUUGACUUUUAAUUUGAAUAUAGAACAAGAAAAUGAAAAUAAAUUCUGCAGAGGAAACUGAAGAAUUAAUGUGUUCUUCAACCAGAUGGUGGUGCUGUAGCACAAGCAGACUCCACCAUGAAAUUUUGUUUCAAAAAAUCUUGAUAUUACAGAAAACCACCUAUUUUCAGGGUUGUCAAUAUGUCUGGUGUCAAAGCUCUAACUCUAGAAGUACAUUGAUGAAAUGUGCUCUGGAGUCAAAAUACUUCUUUUGAUGUCAUUGAUGGAGAGUAAAAAUACAUUGCUAAAGUUGUAGAUAAGAGAAAUCUUCCUACUUAUAAUCAAUUGUCUUUUCUCAUGUAGAUAAGGUCAUAAACAUGUUACCCGCUGGCCGAGGGCUGUUAAGGCUUUUCAAGAUGCACUCUCUGAACUGCUCCAAGCUAGAGUGUGACUGAUUUUAGUGCUUUCUUCUUGCUGAAUGAUUGGUCCUUAAACAGUCAGGACUAAAGUUGAGGGAAGUGAUAUAAUUGAUUUUUCAUAAACCACAAUUGAAAUGUAGAAAGCUUUGUGCGAUCAUAGGACUGAAGCAAACAAAAACCUCAGUCGUAGGGAAUACUUUCAGAAAUUAUGAACUGAAUGAAAUGUGCUCUAGAGUCAUUGUAAACUCCUGUUUGGCAAGUUUUAUAUAUUCAUAAUUGAGAGACAAGUUUAAAAAAUGGAUACAGAAAGGCUGACAUGAAAAUAAUCUCAAAUGCAUUGGAGAAAAAUAUAUUGCUUACAAUUGCAGCUAAAUUUAAUAGUGUGCAAAACAAGUAUCAGGAGUGAUCAUUUUGCAGCCUUGACAAUUAAAAAAUAACACUUUCUGAAUUGUAAUAAAAUGCUGCAAUAGCAUGAUUGCCAGCUGAACAGCUAGUUGGAAAUGACUAAUCAACUGUUUACUUGCAGUGAUUAGUGGUAACUUGAAGUACAUUUUCAUAAAAGAAUUUUAAAUAUUGUUGGUAAGACUUAGCUAGUUUUACAUGGUAUAGUCACUGGACCCUUGCAUAUUACUUGAAAUUUGUACAUUGGGACUGUUCUGAUCCCUUUCAGGUACUGCACUAGAAAGAUCAGUAAUGGAUUUUCUUUCUCCAAACUUCUAAAUUGUAAGUGAUUUCAUAUGAGACAUCAAUUUCUUUGGAAUGUAGGUCACUUUGGGUUAUUUCCAAAUUAUGGUAUUUGUACUCUAAGCAUAAUCAUGAAUUCUGGCAAGAUGUCUCCAACCCUAUGGAUUAACUCUAUUUCUUUUUCUGUGGAUGCUGAAUAAUCUGCUGUGAUUCUAGCUUUUCCAGUUUUUAUUUCAAGCAUCAUGUUUGAACUGUUAUCUCAUUCUUCUUAAAUUUCACUAAUGUAACUUUGUAUCUUGUUCUACAUCAGAUCCCAUUCACACAUCCCUGUGCUCACUUAUCUGCAUUAGCUCCUGAUGCUCUAAAUUUGACAGUUUUUGUAAUGCAUUUAAAUUGCCCCAAACUUUCACCCUUCCACAUCUUUGUAAGCUUGUAGAUGCUGUGUUGCCCACCCCCCCCCCCAGCACUAUAAAUUCUUAUGACUAAUCUUUUGUUCAUUCAUCUCUCCUAGCCUGGAGGUAGGCUGCUUGAUUAUUAUGGGAAUUAUAAACAUAGCUGAAAAAUAUGAAAUAAUCAACAGAGAGUUGCACCGUAAUUGGCAGAGCAGGUAGAAAUACUGCCUCACAAUUCAAAUAUAUUCUGAUUUAAAAUGCUGCAUGGGCAGAAUUUGUAUGUUCACCUUAUUGUAGCAUAGGCUUCUGCCAAAUUCUCCAUUUGCUUCCCGAAGAUGUGCAGCUUAGUAAGCUGCUGUGAAUUACUCCUAUUGGGAGGCGAGUUGCGGCAAAAGAACUGAAGGAAGCUUAUGGAUAUGCGAAAAGGAAUAAAUUACUAUAGAACAAGCGAGCCAAAGGUUUGCUCUAAGACCCAAAAUGGACUCACUGGGCCAAUAGGUACAUAUUUAAAAAGGAAAGAAGUGUACUAGCUUUAGGAGGGAAGAUAAUUCAAAAAGCAGUGUUAUUUGCUUCCCAUUAUGCUUCUCUGAACUCAUUUAGCUGUUUUCCUCUAACCUUUCCUCUCUAAUCUGGUUUCAGUCUCUCAAAGUUUUUUUCAUUUGAGCCAGUGAUAAUGAUAGUAGGGCUCUCAUGUGCCAUGUUUCAUUGAUGUCAAGGGAAGCUGUUCUCAGUUUUCCCCUUUUGGGUAAGAUCAGAUAAACUUAAGACCAAUGCAGCUUGUGGUUUUAGACUGAUAAGGCGCGUGGCCUAGUGGGCAAGGCAUCCUAGUAACCUGAAAGUCACUGGCUCGAGCCUCAGCUGAGGCAGCGUGUUUGUGUCCUUGAGCAAGGCACUUAACGACACAUUGCUCUGCGACAUCACUGGUGCUAAUCUGCAUGGGUCCUAGUUCCCUUCCCUUGGACAACAUUGGUGACGUGGAGAGGGGAAGGCCUGCAGCUUGGGCAACUGCCAGUCUCCUAUACAACCCUGCCCAGGCCUGCGCCCUGGAAACUCCAGGCGCAGAUCCAUGGUCUCUCGAGACCGACGGAUGCCACCACCAGUCUGAUAAGCAGACGUGAGACUAAACCAAAUUAUAUGUGGUCUUCACCUGUUCUUGUUCACUUAGUCACUCUUGCCAGAAUUAAUCCAUGAGUCACUUUAAUGUGUUUGUGAUACUAAAUCUUUUAAGGUAUCCUCAACUUUAUCUAAAUAACUCAACAUGUUCUUCAGGAAUAUAAAGAAAGGUUUCAGAAUCAUAGAGCAAAUUACUGGAUGAUUCAGUUUUGCUGAAGGUUUAAAGCAGCUGAACAUUAAUCUUUGCAGCUGUGUUUACCAAUAGUGUUUUAUUCCUUAAAACACUCUCUUGAAUCAGUUUGACACAAUGUUUAAAAGAUUUAAGCAUCAGGAAUAUUUUUAGGUGCCAGAAACAGCUGUAAUUAAAAAUAUGAUCAAAAUGAUGUCUAGGAAUCUGGUUAGAAUUUUUAAUUAAAUUGGGGGAGGGAAUUCCUUUGUUAGAAGUUGGAGAAUUUUAAUUGUUUGUAUUUUCUUUAUCCUAGUGUGUAGCUGGUAUGAAUUCAAAUAGUAUUAAGUUAGAUGAUUUUAUUUCAAUGUUAAAUAUUAUUUAUGCUUAACUGAAUUUAAGUUUUGUUUGAAUUCAAGCUGAAUUAAUCUUCCAAACUACAGAACUGGAGUAAGAAUCUUGACUUGACAUCGCUUGCUAACAUUAACUUUUAUCUGUAACAGCAUAUUUGCAACUUUAUUUUGUAAAAUUAUAUAGAAGCCAUUUACAGAUAAGUUUUCUGAGACCUCACUUUGAUACUAAUAGUACAUUUUUUAUAGCUGUGAGAGAUAUUUUAAUCACUAAUAAGUGUCAACAGUGUGCAGAUAGCUGGGCUACUGUGUAUUCAACUGCGAUGCAAUAACUUUCAACUAAACUGUGUAAAAAUGGACUCAUUUUUAACUGAGCGGCUACAUCUUAUAGAGAAAAUGUGGUUUGCUAAUGUCACUUCACUAAGGCAUGAGGUGUGAAAAGUUGAUGAACAGGAAAUUCAAAUAAUAGUUAUAGUUCAGUAUUAUAAUUUAUUCAAAUUGUCUUUGCUAAAUGAACUACAGUGCAAUAACCACAAGAACCACUAUCAAUAACAACCUAACUGGAGUGCUAAUGUUUGAAUGGAAGAUUAUAUAUUUCAAUACAUUUUCCAAAAUUAAAUUAAUGUGACACAGAUGAAGUUUCUGGUCCAAAUAUCAAAUAAUCCUAAGAGUAAACAUCUGUGUCACUAACUGCAGAUGUGUUUUGAGCUUGUCAUUCAAAAUUUGGAGGUCUUCAUAGAAUUAGUAUUUGAUCGCUGCCUUUGUCAUCCCAAUUGCAGUACUGUUCAUGGAAAAUUUGCAUUUGUAAUGUCCUCAAUGUAUUCAUCUAAAUUUUCCAUUGUUAUUAUUUCCAUAUUAAUUUGGUGGUCUUUAGUUGGCAAUUAACAAAGAGAAGUUUAGUUCUUAGAAAAGUGUGUUUUCCAUAGGAAUGGGAUUGUCAAGGACAAAUUUUAUCUUUCCCCAAGUUAUCAUGAUUGACUGGAGACCGAAAGGAGCAAUGAUCUUGAAUCUGCCAGCAUCUGUGGCAUUUUAACUUAGAUGAUAAAAAUUUUCAUGCCUCACAUUACUUCUAGCCAGUGCAUACUAAAGUGCUUUAAUCAAUUAAAUUAAAAUCUUUGGAUGUAAUCUGAGAUUGUAAAUUUUGUCAUAGAUUUAAAUUCUGAUGUAUUCUUAGAUCUGUGCAUUACAGUGCUGAAAUAUAUAAUGUUAGGUUAAAAAAACUGCCUUUCUGUAUCUUGCUGAGUUGAAAUUUGGUCCAACUGAGUUUGCACAUAUUUGGUGGAAAAUAGUUCUAAUUAACGAUAAAUCUACAAAUGUUUGUAUCUAAUGUAAAAACCACUGACUGUAGCUUGCAUUAUGUGGUGAAUUUUAACUGGAGAUUAAAGACAUUGGUAGCGGCAAUAUUUGUGAUCUAUUUUGGAUUAAAUACAGGCCUCUGCAACAGUGCACUGUUUAACUUUAUUCUACACCGAAUCAAUGCUUUAACUUGCAUUUCUUGAUGGUAUUGGAACCAAAAAAGAAGUACAUUACUUUUCCUGGUCUUGAGGAAGCUACAUAAUUGAGCAGUUGAAAGAAAAUGCUUCACAUUGCUGGAAAAUUAUCAUUUUUUUCUUCUUUUGGGAAGAAUUUCGUUUUAUCCUAAAGAACCAUCCUAAAGAAGUGUUUGCCAGUUACUAGAAAAAUAAGUACAUGGUUGCAGAGUUGUGCCUUCAUUUUAACAGCUGAUAAUUUAUUUAAUCUCAUGCACCUUUCAAUGACAAUGGUUGUCAUGUUGUUGAAAAUUGUUUUUUCCCUCAAGGUGAUGUAACCAUAUAAAGUCAGUAAAUGUUUGCAUGAGUAUAGAAGAAAUACUGGGAGCAAACAACAUUGUGGUCAUGUGAAAGAAAAUUAAUGUAGGCAUGGUUGUCAAAGACUAACAGUUAUUUAUUCUAAUAAAUGUUUACUAGCAGCCAUAUGUUACUGUUUGCUUAUUAAAAUCCCACUGGCCUUACCCUUUGCCAGUUAAGAUGUGUGCUUUACUUAUCAAUGUAAUCAAGAGUGAAGGAAAUGAAUAAACAGAACAUUGAUAUGCAUCAGAGUUCUUUUGCUGCUGCUAAUUAUUUUAACUGUGAGGGUUUGCAUUUAUUUUAUUUUGAGAUAUAAAUGAUUUCCCCUUCAACACGUCCAAUUUGUGCCUCUGCUGAAUUUGCGAAUGAUUUCACUCAGUUUCAUAGUUUCUGCCAAAUUAUUCUUUCUAAUUGUUAAAGUAUUUUAAAAAUGCAAUCUCUUUGUUUAAGAUAGGCAGAUACAUUUUUAUGAAGUGGGAUGGAUGCUCUGAAUGUGCUUCUUUAUUCUGUUCCAGAUUCAGAAAUACUGACAUUUUUUGUGGGCAUGUGCUUAGAUUUUGAAACAAGCUUGUAUGAAUUUAAAAAUAUAUAUUAAAAGAGGAGAUGACAGUGUCUACCUAA